UUUCCUCAAUUUCAGGAACAAAAGAAGCGUUCGCAAGCCGAGACAGAGCUGUAACUGCCAGCUCUCCCCUUCCCUCCCCGGAAAGUAAAUCAAAUCAAGGAAGAUGAGUGCCUACAAACACGCCUCGCUUAUUUUCCUUCCGUUCAGGGCUAGCAUUUGGGGAAAGAAAGGCUGCGGCUAUUCUUCGGUGGAUCAGUGUCCUGAGAUUGAGAAAGGCCCAGCGCGGGUCCUCGCAGCUAGCGUGCAACUUGGUCCGUUCGUAGGCGACCCACCACGAGGAGAAAGGCUUCUUAAGCAGGGGAGGGAGAGGAAACAGCGCACAAAAGCAGUACGACUUGUCCCUUAUCAGCGUCCAAGGGGAAGGGUGGAGAAAAGAGAAACAGAAACGAGCCCAACGCCGAGGAUCCCGCCCGAGAGGCUUUUAAACUGCGUUUCUACAACCUCUCGCAGGGCGCCGCGGCUAAUGGAACCCGCGCGAGGCGUCCCGCCAAUCGCCGCCGCGCUUCCUCCCGCCGCCGGCCAAUGGCGGCGCGCGUUCUUGGGGCGUGGGCGAAGCAGGCUGCUCUCCUUGGCUGUAGUGUGUGGGUUGGGGUUGGUGCGGGCUCCUAGCUUGGCUGCACUUGGUCCGUAGUUCGGCUCCGGGGGCUUUUGUGUCCGGCUUCUGCUUUGCUUUGUGUGUGCGAGUUUUUUUGUUUUUGUUUUUUGGUUUUUUGGUUUUUUUUGCUCCGCGGUGUUGCUCCAGGGCGGGAGCCCUGAAGCUCGGAGGCGGCAGCGCGGCCCCCCCGCCCCCCACCCCUGGGCAAGGAGCGAGCGCGCCGGCGUGAGCGGCGGGUGUGAGAGCAGCGGGGAAGGGGAUACGUCGCCGAGAUGCCGGAGUUCCUGGAAGACCCUUCGGUCCUGACGAAAGAGAAGUUGAAGAGUGAGUUGGUGGCCAACAAUGUGACGCUCCCGGCCGGGGAGCAGCGCAAAGACGUGUACGUGCAGCUGUACCUGCAGCACCUCACGGCGCGCAACCGACCGCCGCUCGCCGCCGGCGCCAACAGCAAGGGGCCCCCGGACUUCUCCAGCGACGAGGAACGCGAGCCCACCCCGGUCCUUGGCUCCGGGGCCGCCGCCGCGGGCCGCAGCCGAGCCACCGUCGGCAGGAAAGCCACAAAGAAAACUGAUAAACCCAGGCCAGAAGAUAAAGAUGAUGUUGAUGUAACAGAACUCACUAAUGAAGAUCUUCUGGAUCAGCUUGUGAAAUAUGGAGUGAAUCCUGGUCCUAUUGUGGGAACAACCAGGAAGCUAUAUGAGAAAAAACUGUUGAAACUGAGGGAACAAGGAACAGAAUCAAGAUCUUCUACUCCUUUGCCAACAAUUUCUUCUUCAGCAGAAAAUACAAGACAGAAUGGAAGUAAUGACUCUGACAGAUACAGUGACAACGAGGAAGGAAAGAAGAAAGAACACAAGAAAGUGAAGUCCACUAGGGAUUUUGUUCCUUUUUCUGAACUUCCAACUACUCCCUCUGGUGGAUUUUUUCAGGACUCUAAAAUAGAGCUCAAGCUUGAGAAGAGAGAACCACUAAAAGGCAGAGCAAAGACUCCAGUAACACUCAAGCAAAGAAGAGUUGAGCAAAAUCAGAGCUAUACUCAAGCUGGACUAACUGAGACUGAAUGGACAAGUGGAUCUUCAAAAGGCGGACCUCUGCAGGCAUUAACUAGGGAAUCCACCAGAGGGUCGAGAAGAACUCCGAGGAAAAGGGUGGAUACUUCAGAACAUUUUCGUAUAGAUGGUGCAAUAAUUUCAGAGAGUACUCCCAUAGCUGAAACUAUAAUGGCUUCAAGCAACGAAACUUUAGUUGUCAAUAGGGUGACUGGAAAUUUCAAGCAUGCAGCUCCUAUUCUGCCAAUCACUGAAUUCUCAGACAUACCCCGAAGAACACCAAAGAAACCAUUGACAAGAGCUGAAGUUGGAGAAAAAGAGGAAAGAAGAAUAGAAAGGGAUAUUCUUAAAGAAAUGUUUCCCUUUGAAGCAUCUACACCUACAGGAAUUAGUGCUAGUUGCCGCAGACCAAUCAAAGGGGCUGCAGGCCGACCAUUAGAAUUCAGUGAUUUCAGGAUGGAGGAAUCUUUUUCAUCUAAAUAUAUUCCUAAGUAUGUUCCCUUGGCAGAUGUCAAGUCAGAAAAAACAAAAAAGGGACGCUUCAUUCCCAUGUGGAUAAAAAUUUUGCUGUUUGUUGUCAUGGCCAUUUUUUUGUUUUUGGUCUAUCAAGCUAUGGAAACCAACCAACGAAAUCCGUUCUAUAAAUUUGUUCGUGAUAACCAUACAAAUGCCAACUGAAUAAUGUCUCUCAUGGCACACUCAUCUUGGUCUCCUAUUUUUAAUAAUUAUUAAAAAAAAAAGCAUUUGUGUACACUUGUUGACUCAAGAGCUAAAAAUAAUGUGAUUUCACCUCAACAAAUGUAUUCCAUUGAAAUGCAGACAGGAUAUAUAAAUGGACUUCAUUUAAAUGUUCUGGACUUCGGACUAGUAGGAGAUCACUUCGUGCCAUAUGAAUAAUCUUUUUUAGCUUUGGAACUUUUUGUAGGCUUUAUUUUUUUAAUGUGGACAUCUUAUUUCAUUUUUGAGAAAAAUGUAUAUUGUUUUUGUGUAUUUUGGGAAACAAGAAGGGCAAAACAUGGCAGUGUAAUGUGAAGCAACACAUUUAAAUACUUUGAAUUCUUACAGAAAAGAUUUUAAGAAUUAUUCUUUGCUGAAUAAAAACUUUAGAGAUAAUAUGAAACAAAAUUCAGUAAAGGAAAAAGUAAUGGGGUUGUACUUUUUGUAAUGGCAACUAAGUUUAAUGGUGUUUGUGGGGAAAAGUACGGCAAUAAUCUCUUCUGUAACUUUUAAUGGUAACAUUAUUGUUGUAGCCCUAUUGUACUCACUUUUUAAAAGAUUUCUAGUAUCAUGGAUGUUCUACUUCAGUAAGACCCAUUUAAAUACAAUUGAUUUUUAGCAGGGAUCUUUUAGUGCAACAUACACAUUUUAGAGACCUGUUAGCUGGCUGUAUAUGUUUUUAAAAGCUGUUUAGCUAGCUAUAAGGCUAUAAUUGGAAACUUGUACUUUUUAUUUACAGCAAAACAUUUUGUCAAUCCAAUUUGCUACCAAAAUAUUUUUUAGAUAAAUAAGUGUGUCUCUUUAGAAGUAGGAAACUUUGUUAAACACUGGUGUUAGGUUCCAUUUGAAUUUGUCAUUGCAUUGUCUUCUGUUACCAAAAACAAAUUUUGCCAAGUUUUUUUGCCCUCUAUUUCCCAACCUAAUUUGAUUUAAAAGUGCAAAAGGUAUAUGCUUUUAAAUUACAUAGUAAACUUUUCUUGGAUACACAGUAGUUAAUACAUAAAUUUGUAAACUCUGAAUAUGAGGUGGGCAUUAUGAUUUUUGUAUACUCUUGAAGUGGCUAACUUUAUCUUUGUGGUUGAUUUAUUUUAUUUUUUAACUAAAACUUACCUCAUGUAUAACUUGGUUAAGUAAAAUGGUAGGUAAUUGAAGAAAUUUCAAUAGAAUCAAGUAAAACAAAAACUUUAAAUUUAUUUGUUUCAAUUUUACAGUCUUUGACCAUAAAGCAUACAAAAAAUGUAAGUUAUUUUGAAAUAUCAUCUGAAAUAAAAGGAUAAUUUUAAAAAAUGAAAAAGCUACAGAUGUGUAUUUAGACCAGCACACUAAUUUGAAUUAGUCCCAUUCUGGUAUUUAGCUUUUAGAUAGUUUGUAGACAUUUUUUACCUAAUUGGCAAUUUACCAGAUGUUUGUAAGCCUGGUCCUGCAGGGGGAGUGAGAAACAUACUCCCAGGUCAGAAAUGUUUGCCUCUCUGAGUAAAAGUGUUUCUUUGAGAUGAGCCACAGAGGGGGCACUGUUUACUCAACUUUUCCUCUGUAAGGUAAUAGUCUAUUUUUACUUUCUUUUUAAACUUUCCCAUUUUGUUUUCAAUCUUUUAAUUAAAAAUUGUGAGAAGUUGCAUUUAAUGUUUAAAAAUGUGGGACAAUAAAUCACUCUUAAUAUGUAUAUAAAAUCAAUUUUCUAAUAGGAAAGGUAUGGUCCAACAUAGAAAAAGUAGGACAAGGUAAAACGUAGUCUUUUUUUUUUUAAAUGUGUAUUUGGUCUUUUGUCUGUGUCUGUUUUAUUCCACUAGAAUGAAUGUGUCCUUGAUGUAAAUGCAAAGCAUUUCUUCCUGAUUAAAUUGUAGAUGUAGACUUUACAAUAUAAUUCAACAAUAAAAAGUAAUUAACCGCUA